UUUGUUGACAAUUGCAGCUCUGUCAUUGGUUGAGAGUCUCAAUUUAUCUCAGUUUUUUAAAAAUGCCUCAUGGUCAUGGUAUGACCAGGAAUUUAUUGAGACCCUGUUUGAGAGUAGCUCUCUUGGCAACUCUCUCAUAGCUUUCAAAAGAGCAGCAGACAGAGAAUACUGUAUGUUGGUUGAUAUCUGAAAACUGAAAUGUGUGUGUGUGUAACAACUAGCCUAUAAUGUUUAUUGUGUGCACAGAACAGUCCACGUGAGAUAAACACCGAUUAAUUACUGAAAAAUAUGCAGUACUCAAUGUUGGUUUAUGGUUUUAAAUCUUUGUAGCCUAAUAAUGUUGCCAGACAAAAUGUAACUAUAAACCCCAUGGCUGAUACUGGAGAUACGUGAAAAUAAUGGCGUUGCCCUCAGUUGCCGCCUUGUCUAGCAGUUCAAACCCUGCAGAUAGCAACAGCAAUGAAGGAGUUGAUGCAGGAAGCAGUAAUGUGCGAGUCAAGGAGGAGAAGCCAGAUGAGGCGGAAAUCAGAGAAAUGGCCGCCCGAAUGGUGGAAGCCAAUAAGCAGAAAAUGGCGAACAUGCCCCCCUCGGGAGGGGGGGGCAGCUCAAGAGGAGGAGGUGGGGGCCAGACCACGCUGCUGGGGUACUUCAACCGGGGGGCGCAGGCACAGCAGAAGGGGGCCACACCUAAAGCGGCGGUCACUGCCACUGCUGCACCCCCCGACGUCGAAUCUGACUCAGAGGCGGAUUCCGAGAAGAAGAAGCCGCCGCUGGACGAGCCCAGUCAAAAAGGACGUUUCGGUUGGAUAACUAUGGGAACGACACACAUCCCGUACAUCUUCCGCACACCUGACGAGAAAUAUUGUGCGGUGCGGAUUGUUGAGACCAGUCUGCUCAAUCAUUACAUGAACUUCCUGCAUGCGGACAUCUAUUCGUGUACAUGCAUCAGGAGCUACUACAUCACUGAUGCCGAGGCCAGGCUGUUCAACGACAUCAACAUGAAGCAUUGCGAGGGCCAGUUUGGCAGAGAGCUCUUCACCACCAAGGAUCUUGUUGUUAGGUUAGAAGACGCGAGGGAGUUCUACACGUUCCUCGACGUGUGCUACAACAAACUGGUCCGCUGCGGCAACGACUCCAAGGACAAAUGCGGCUUCAUCCGCAUCAACGGCGAAUCCGUAGUUCCCUAUACGGUCCGCGACAAUCACAAAUACGUGCCUCUGUUCUAUUUCGAAGGCGAAACUGAGAACUUGAAACUGAAAGCGGAGAAGUUGGAAAGCUGGCACUUGGCCUACUUAAAGUUUUGUUGUAAGGUUCAGGGCAUAAGGAACGAACUAUUUGCUAGUGAAACAUGCAGUGUGAUUAGUUUGAGUGAUAUCAGGAGCUAUUUUCCGCCGGGCACGCUGUUCGAGGAUUACUGGCCGAAUAAGGUGGUUGAAGGUCAGCUGUUGGUAUCUGGGGGACAGAAGGGAAACGCUCACACGGGCAUGAACCACUCGGGCGGCAUGUCCUGGAUAAAAAUACCCCCCGGAUCUACGCCCCCCCUGGCGGCUCCCACCCCGAAUGCAAAUGCAUCCAACACUAUCAUUGUCAACAAGGUGCCAGCUUCGCUUGUGAGGGGUGGGGCGGGCUCAGUGAUAGCCACGUCCCCUACCGUGGUGGCAGCCAAUGGGAAUGCGUGGGCGGGGCUAGUGGGAGGACAACCCACCUAUCAGCAGUCAGCACAGGUCAGGACCAUGCAGCCGCCUAUAUCAUCCAUGCACAGUAUUAAUCAUACAGCGAACAACAGGACGGUUUACUCUAGAGCGAAUAUCGCUCAGAGCACACAGCCCCAGUAUUAUCCAUCACCUCACUCAAUAUCACAAGCAGCUCAACUGGCAUCGCAGCCUCCUCCUUUAGUCAGGGUAUCGGGGUCUUCGCACUCCCUGGGUUUUCAUACGUAUGCUAAGGAGGAAUGGCCUACCGGUGCUGGCUCCUACCAGGGAGGCUCGAGUGACGGGGGUGCGACCAUGUUGCCCCCUCCACCCCACCUACAGUACCAGGCCGGGGCGGCUGCGACGGGGGGUGGCUCCGUCGCCAAAUAUCCACCCCCGCUCAUACCUGUCAAUGGAACAAGUGCGACUAGUGCUGUAAGCCGUUACUCGUCAAUCUACCAGCCGACAGGUGGGGAGGUGAUAGACCUCUCUUCGCCCCCCCAGUCCCCCCAGCAGAGGGUGGUCCAAAAGGCGCCUACGGCUCAGUCGGCCGAGAACGGCAUGUGGAAAAAGCUCAUACCAAUCAGUGAACAUCCCCAGACGCAGGGGUCACAUCAGCCAUUCAAGAUCCAGAAAGCGCUGGUGAAUGAGAAGAUGGUUCCUUGCAUCAACGCCAAGCCCUACACCAACACCGAACUGCUCAUGACCUUGCCCGACCUGGUCACCAACUUUUUCCCCUCCAUCAACCACGACAAAUGUCGACAAGUGCUACAGGAAGUCUUGAAGGUCACACUCUACAAGGGAAACACACAACAAAUGCGAGUUCUACAUCAGCACCAGAAGUGCAAAUCUAUAGACGAGCCAUUGGCUCUGAUCCAAUGUCGCGAUGUGGUGUGUUACAUGCCACAGAUGAAGUACAUGUUUGGACGCAUGAUGCACCCCGACCAACCAGUUGCCAAGCGACAGCGACUGGCUACCAGCUAGGAGUACGCAACCAGCAUGAGGCAACCGACCGCGACCGCCUCACCGUCACCGUCACCGUCACUAUCCACCGACAAUGUUGCCUUGUGCUGGCAGUCUGUGUGGUCGCACCAACAAAGUGACACGCACUAUUGGUGAAACACAUUGGCUCUUAUGGGAGUGUUCACACCGUGCUCACCGUUGCCUUUUAAUGGCUGUGACACGACGCACUGUUGGUGAACCAGUUGGGUCCGGACUAGUGUGCAGUGCAGUGCGUUUGCAACUAAACAGAGACAAGUCUGUGUUAGAGGAUGUCACAGUUAUUAGUGAAUCAACGAAAAACACUGAUUCAUAGACAGACAAUUAGCUAUGUCAUCACAAGUUGGCAUUUUACUACUGUAGUAGUGUACAUGAAUUAUUAUGACGCCAUUUUGGUGAAUAGCACUUUUCUACUGAAAAUUGAGAAUUAUUAUAUUAAUUUUGUUAAAUAUUGUAAGAUUCAUUUCGAACAAUCAGCAUUUGUUAUUUGGAAAGCAUUAUUUAUUAAAAAUCUAUUUAUUUAUCUAUUGAUAGAGCAAACAAUACAAUUGUCAGGAAAGAAAAAAACAGGCUAUUGCCCAAAACUUCUAAAUUUUGCCUAAAUAUUCAAUUUUGCCUAAUAUUUAAACUACAUCUAAAUUUUGCCUCAAAUUGUCAAAAAAAUAUUAUUUAGGUUAUGUCCAUAUUAAUUGCAGUAAUGGAAUUAAAAAACAGACCCACCUAAAAAUUUCUGUUUCGUUCCGAAAUUUAGUCUAACAAAUCGUCCAAAGUCGUUCCUCUGUGAACUGUUGAAUAGUAAUGAUUAAAACUGUUUUGGGCACUGUGCUUCAGUUGCCUUCGUUUGGUUUUAGAUAGUAUGCUGUUAUUAAUAAUCAAUUCGCUUUGAAAUAUUGGAACAUCUGUUACCAUUAUCAAAUUACCAAAAUUGUGUUAAAAGGUACAUGUUCUACACAUACAUCAGUUUAUAAACAGUAAAUCAACCCAUAUUUCGCUUAUCAAAAUGAAACAUCUCAUGAUACAGUUUUCUGUAUACAGAGUGAGCCAUAUGUAUGGGAACCCUUCAAAAAGUUGAAGAAUGUUGUAUAUUAUAUUAUACUGUAACUUACAGGAUAAGUUAUUGGUCAAUAACUCUACCUUUUGACGUACAACUGAAUUUCAACCCUUCAUAACGGGUGACUUAGGGGUUGUAACUCGAUUAGCCUAUUUUAAAUGUAAACACCCAUUGUGUGCUACAUCAUUUUAAAGGCCUUUCUAAAACAAGAAAGAUGAUACAAUAAAAAUGUCUAUGAAACUUUUAUCCAAAAUGACGGCUGAUUGAGGUUCCAGUUUUAAAGAAAUUAUUGAUAAAGUUCAAUCAGUGCUAUUUUGGAUACAAGUAUCAUAGAACAUUUUUAUUGAUGCCAUAUUUCUUGUUUUGAAAAGUCCUUUAGAAUGAUGUACUACAUAAUGGGUGUUUAUAUUUUUAAAAUAUUCGAGUUACAACCCCUAAGUCAUCCCCUUAUCAGUGGUUGAGUAAAGAUUAAAGUACUCAGGGGUUCAGUUGUGCGUUUAAAGGUAGAGUAUUCGACCAAUAACGUAUUCUGAAAGUUACAGUAAUAUGUAUACAAUAAUCUCCAUCUUAUUGAAGGGUUUCCAUAAAUAUGACUCACUCUGUAUAACAGUUCUCAUAAUGUGUAAGUAACAAAAUUUGAAUUUCAUAAAUAUCCAGAUUUAACUUGCGUAAAGGGGCUAAUUACAAAGUUAUAUUAUGUAUGAUCAUCAUACAUCAGAUCAUAGAUAUGUGAUGAAUGUUUAUCAUAGAAUGUUCAUCAUGUUUGAUCAUAGAAUGUUUGGUAGUCUUAACACGAGUUUAGUAGGUAAUCGAAUGUUUGAUCUAUCUAUGCGGCUAUUAUGAUCAUACACGUAUGACUGCAUGGUUUUUACUGUGUGACUUGAGUCCUAAGAAAAAGCCCCAACAACAGCCAUGUGAAGGAAAAUUAUUACAAGUCCAGAGUAAUCACUCAAACAAUGCUGAAAUUUCGGAAUGAAUCGCGCUAUAUUAAUGUAUUUUGUUGUCCUAAUUUUGGUGACUAUAUUGAGAUCCACUUCAUUCUGACAGUUUGAAGUAAAUUUCACUCAUAAUGCCUUCAAUUUGGCGAAUACAAAUACUUGGUUAUGACACUACAUCUAUUGUUGAACAUAAUGAACAAAUCAGAUGACUCAAUAUUGGUGAAUAAAAGUAAUUAAGAGGUUAGUUUGAAAAGUUUCCGACCUAACCAUGGAAAUGACAACGCUCGUGAACAGAUACUGGUGUAUUUUCAUGGUCAUAAUAGUUGUAAGAGCUAUUUUAAACGCGUGGAUUUUAUGCUACAGUCGUUUGCGUUAGGAGAUCUCGGGUGUCGUGUCUGCUCACAUCACACCAAAUUUGCCCAAUUACAACUCAAUUUAUGUAUUAUUAAUUUAGAAUUGGAUGCAUUACUGAUCAUUCAGAACUGAAAAUAAGUGUACUUUUGAACGGUUUUUGGUGUGAUGUGAGCAGACACGGCACCCGACAUCGACUACUUAAUGAAAACCUCGUGUUCAAAAUUGCGGAAAUUUCAUCAACUAUUAAAACAUGACUAAGAAAAUACACAAGAUCUUGUUCACGAGGGUUAUCACCUUCAUGUGAAGGUGGGAAACUUUUCAAACUUGCCUCGUAUGUAAAACACUCUAUGACAAACUAUCAAGUACUCUUUAUCUAAUUUCAACACAAAAUCCGGUUAAAUUUUCAUCGUGAUUAAUUCCACGAGAACCAAUCAAAGAAGCCGUAUUUUCAAAAACGCCUUAUCUGAUUGGAUCUAGUGAAAUUAAUCAUGGUUAAAUUUUAAUUGGCCCUUGUGUAACCGGGCCUACUUCAAGAACAAUUUUCAAGUGUAUAUCAUUUUUAAAAAGUAAGGGCUUUAGAAGAGUUGAAACUAGUAGGGAACAGUAGUGUUGAAAUGAAAUAAAGGUUACUAGAUAGUUUUUUAUUGUGUGUUUUAAUAUUAACUGCCUCUGAAAAGAAGAGUGAAUAAUGACAUGUAAUUAUUGAUGUUAUCUCGACUACUAACUAAUGACCCAAUCUGUAACUGCUGACAAUUGUUGACAUUUGAAGCCUGGUUGCACAAAAGCCUGUUAAAUUUUAACCGUGAUUAAUUUCACGAGAACAAAUCAGAGAAGGCCUUUUAGAAAAGACGGCUUCUUGCAACCGGCACUGAGUGUUAGAUAGAGCUGUGAUAUAUUUCAAAUGGACAGUAUUCCCAAUAAAUAAACUUUCUCAUCUAACCAAUGCUGUCAGUCCUAAGGUAAUCUGAUAUGCAACAUUUCCAAUCCAAAGAAUUUCUGCUCUUCUAGGUGGAAAAAUGAUACAAUUGGUUCUUGGGAGUGUUCAGUUCACACGUUUGCGGACUGCUAUUGUGUCAACACUCUUAUAUUUAGAU